GGAGGCCUGCUCCGGCCUCGGCAGUCGUGGCGUUUCCUCGUCCAGCCCCUGUAUCCUUCCCCCACCCAUUUUCCCUUCCCCCAUCGCCCGGUUUUGUUCUAUUUCAAGGCCUGGCGUCUCGCGGAAGGUUCUGGGACUCGUUUUGGGCGGAGGUGGGAGGAAGCGGGUCUUGGCGCGGGAGCCACCGGGACUUGUAGUCCCUCCGGCAGCGGACGGAAGUGCAGCGGCUCCGACGCUGUCCUGGCAGGGUGGCUUUGGUCUUCAAGAAUCCGCUGCCGUGCGGGGAAGAAGAGCCGGAGCCGUCGGGUGGGGGCGGUUUUGUAACUAGACUUUGCUGGCGUGAGAUGGGGUAAUCGCCUGGGACAAGGGUCCCCGCCAGAAACACUGUUGGGACCGCGGGCCUCUCCUCCCGGCGCCCUCUCGCCAUGUCCCUUGAGCAGGGUGCUGUGUGAGAACAUACAGGAAGACAAAUCUCUUUUUUUAUAGAAAUGCUUGAGACAGUGACAAGGAGUGCCUGUGAAGAAAACAGAAUUUUCCUGAGGCCUAUAUCCUGCCUUGAUUGUCUUUUCUCCAAGUAUUGUAAUUCAGGAUGUCGGCACAGUCAGUGGAAGAAGAUUCAAUACUUAUCAUCCCAACUCCAGAUGAAGAGGGAAAAAUUCUGAGAGUGAAGUUGGAGGAGGAUCCUGAUGGUGAAGAGGGAUCAAGCAUCCCCUGGAACCAUCUUCCCGACCCAGAGGUUUUCCGACAGCGAUUCAGGCAGUUUGGAUACCAGGAUUCACCUGGGCCUCGUGAAGCUGUGAGCCAACUCCGAGAACUUUGUCGCCUGUGGCUUAGGCCAGAGACUCACACAAAAGAACAAAUCUUGGAGCUGGUAGUGCUGGAGCAGUUUGUUGCCAUUCUACCCAAGGAGCUACAGACUUGGGUUCGAGAGCAUCAUCCAGAGAAUGGAGAGGAGGCAGUGACAGUGCUGGAGGAUUUGGAGAGUGAGCUUGAUGAUCCUGGACAGCCGGUUUCUCUUCGUCGACGAAAACGGGAAGUGCUAGUAGAGGAGAUAGUAUCUCAAGACGAAGCUCAGGGAUUACCAAGUUCUGAGCUUGAUGCUGUGGAGAACCAGCUUAAGUGGGCAUCCUGGGAGCUUCAUUCCCUAAGGCACUGCGAUGAUGAUGCUAGGACUGAAAAUGGAGCACUAGCUCCAAAGCAGGAGAUUCCUUCAGCAGUAGAAUCUCAUGAUGUUGUUCCUGGCACAUUCAAUAUAGGCGUUCCUCAAAUUUUUAAAUAUGGAGAAGCCUGUUUUCCCAAGGGCAGGUUUGAAAGAAAGAGAAAUCCCUCUCGAAAGAAACAACAUAUAUGUGAUGAAUGUGGAAAACAUUUCAGUCAGGGCUCAGCCCUUAUUCUUCAUCAAAGAAUCCACAGUGGAGAGAAACCCUAUGGAUGUGUUGAGUGUGGGAAAGCAUUCAGCAGAAGUUCCAUUCUUGUACAACACCAGAGAGUCCAUACUGGAGAAAAACCUUAUAAAUGUCUUGAAUGUGGGAAAGCCUUUAGCCAGAAUUCUGGGCUCAUUAAUCAUCAGAGAAUUCAUACUGGGGAGAAGCCUUACGAAUGUGUUCAAUGUGGGAAAUCCUAUAGUCAAAGUUCAAAUCUUUUUAGACAUCAGAGAAGACACAAUGCAGAAAAACUUCUGAAUGUUGUGAAAGUUUAAGAAAUUGAAAAAAAAAUUCAGCACUCAGGUCUUUUUCUUCAGUAAUGAAGACAAAAUUAAAACACAACAUGAUACAUAAUAGUUCUGUUUCCCUACUGACUUUCAGAAAAUCCACUGGGAAAUGUAGAAAAUCUCCACUCACCAUUAUUUAUCUUGAGAGAGAUGGUGUCAUAUGGCCUAGAAACUGAAAUUUUAAACUUAAUUCAGGUGUUAAUGCCUAAAUAUUCCAAGUGAUGUUUAUAUUCUCUAUUAUUUUUCCAAAUAAUGAACUACCUGAUUCUUUGUCCCUUUCUUAAAGUUUCCCUUUUUUAGGCAAAUACAUUAUUUCUGUGUUGAUCAUUGAAAUGUUCUUUGCAAAUAUACAUUCCCUUCUACAUUAAAAGGCAACAUAGGAAUAUAAAAUAUUAAAACUAAAACCAUCUUUUCAAAAAUUGAUCCUUCUCUCCUUUUAUGUAAUUUGAGUACGAUUUCAGAAAGUAGGAGAUAAAGGAUGGCUAGCAGCCUCAAAGUAAAAUGAGCUUUAAGAUCUCAGAUAAAAGUGAAAAGGACACCUAGAUUGGGGAAGAUAACAAAUACAUUGAUCUAAGAAUUGAAACAUAUCAAGAAUUGAUCUAAAUGCAGUUAUUGGCUUGCAGGAAAACUCAGAAACAGCUCAUCCAAUAUGUAAUUUGAGAGCAUCCUACUAAUGAAAAUAAGGUUCUCCCAUGUAUCAUUAGAAAUUAGACAGUAUAAACAGUAACCAAUUGUAAAACUAUGAAGGUAGACAUUACAACAUUACAGAAGAAUUUGUAGUGAAUGGAAGUGUUGAAGGGCAAAUGUAAACAUGAUAAUGGUCUGUCUUGGCUUCUAGAAAAACUAGAGAGACAUGAAGAUGUAAUUUUUAUUAUUUUGCCUUCACCUUUGUUUAGGACAGAAAUCCCUGACAGGUGGGCAGCAAGUAUCAGGUUUGUUUGCUAUUUUUAUUUGUUUGGUACAAAAGGGUUGAACCCUAGGCUAAAAAGAAAAACAGCCAUGCCUUUGUUAAACAUUUUCUACCAACAGGGCACUGUGCUAGGUACUGUAAUUCUACCAUAAGUAGGUAGGUAUUUCUUCCACUGCAAAUCAUUGGGGGUUUGGUACAAAGCUGUUUCAUGUGAUUUUGCCUCCCCACCCCGUACCCACCCCAUAUCAGAUUAUCUGGGGGAAAUCACCUCUGAGCAUCCCAGAGCCAUAAUUCUCUUACCAGGGUGUUGUAUUUAGGGGGGACUCAUCUCAAAGCUUUCUUUUCAGCAUUCUUCAGAGCUGAGUCUGAGAUACUAUCACAGUUUGGAGGUUUGUGAGUCUUUUAAGAAAAUUAAUCUUAAGUAGCAUUGAGAUUGAAUUUAUAUGUUAAGUUGCUUGAACAGUUCUGUUUAAAAAUUAAAUAGCUUAUUAACAACUAGUUUUAUUAACUAUCAGAAUUGACUGAACUAUUUUUUAAUUUUGGUCUUAACACAUUUUUAAAAAUGUAUUAAAGUAAUACAUUGUAGUAGUAGGAUUACACUCUUUGGCUGAGAAUCCCAAGUACUGUGGUUCUAUUUAGUGGAAAACUCUGGAAGUUAAAAUAUAGAAUAUGAGAAAAGGCUGUUCUAGAAUGGAUAUCAUUGUGUGGAAAAGGACCCACUUGAACAGAAAUAUUUCAUAACUCCAGAGAUACUGGUUAUAGCUGGUACUUGGAUCAAAUUCAAAAAAGAAAGUUGAGAUUUGCAUGAGCUUGUUAAAAGCAUAGUAAUAAAUGCAAGGCCAGCUUGUGGAGAAGUGAUGCAGAGUGGAGCUUGUUUAUAGAUUUUCUGAUAACAAUUAUAAGAAAUGUGCUUUAUAGAUUAAGAUUUAUUGAAGUAUAAAUAUGUAGUAAUGAUAUAAUGUAUUUUAAGUUAUACAAAAAAUGUAGGGACUUUUGUUUGGGUCUUUUUCUCUGUGGCUGAGAGGAAACAAGUCAGUGUCCAAUAAAGCUAUAAACUCCUCUGCUCUAAGCUAAAACUAUCUUGAAUUGAUAGAUUGAUUGAUUUUUUUACUGGCUGCUUUCCAAGUAGGUUUUUUGGUAUAUUUGGAGUACUUCUGCUGGAAUGACAGGAUUCUUUUAUCAGAGUAGGUAAGAAGGGAGCACCUCUCUCAGUGGCUGGAAUUUUAUGCUUCUUUAGAUCAUACUUCUUCCGUAUAUACAAAGAAGCUUCCCUGUGACAGUUUUGUCAUAAAUGCCAAAGAUGCUUGGUAAUUUGAGAGCUUAGAAAAAGCGGUAUUAGUGUCAGCGGAUAUGUUUUUUUGUCUUGCCAGCUCUGAUGCUUGUGUAUUGUUUAGAAAGGAUUCUGAGGCUAAGGCAAGGCUCUACAGGGAAAGGGGGCUAGACCAAAAGCUGAAUGGUGGUAUGCAGGAAAAGGGAGGGUUGGUACAUAGGCUGUGUAUUCAACUUUCUGGUUUGGAUAAGUCCCAACUAGACAGAUUGAUUUUGAGUAAUUAUUCAGUGAUUUAGGAUUUCAUCUAGACAUUAUUUUAUACACAGUAAUCAAAGUUAACAGUUAUUGGGGGUACUGUACCUCUAAUGAAGCGGUAAACAGACAGUUGGCAUGCACUGGCAUAAACGGGACACAGGUCUGGUUAGCAAACAGGCAUGUGUUAGGAUUCGCAUACUGCUGAUACAUGCCGAAUAGCCACUGAGCAUUUGCUGCUACUGCUGAAUUUUUCCUGGUUUUCUAGGAAGUUAAGUUCCCCACAUUCACACCCAGUUGGCACUUGAUUAUUUAGCAAUAUGUCUACCACAUUUACAUAAGUUGAGGGUAGGGUUAUAUGAAUUGAAAUAAUCUGCAUGCCAGACAUUGGGUUAGACACUAUACCAAUCUCAGAUUUGUAGAAUAAGAAAGCAAGAAUCAGAGAUUGUGUGGCUGGCAUGUGGCCAGUUAGAGCUAAAACUCAAAUCUAGUUCUGUGAACUCUUAAGGACAUGUUUUUUAUUCACUCUGCCAUGAGUGAUGGUUGUUAACGCUUGGUUAAUAACUUCUAUGAUUUUAUACUUUAUGGUUAACAAAUGUGAAAGCUGUUAAACAUGAUUGUUUGAAUUUUCUACAGUACAGAAAUGUAUAAUGAAAAAGUACAUCUUCCUCUCACAGUUUGACCCAGACAUAAUAAUUAAUUGGUUUGUUAUUCUUCCAGAUUUAGGCAUAUACAUAUUUAAGCAAAAAUGUGUUAACAGCUGAUAUUUGUGCUUGCUGUGUACAGGCACUAUCAUAAGCACUUUACUUUACCAGGGGUUAACUCUUAGUCCCCACAGCAACCAUAUGAGGUAGGUUCUUUUAUCCCCAUUUUACAUGUACUGCACUGAGACUCACCUCCCCCGCUCACCCACUUUGUUGCAGACAUUCUUUUUCAUGGCUAUAUACUACUCUGCAUGAAUAUACUAAUUUAUUUAACCAGCCCCUUAUUGAUGGAUAAUUCGGUUCUUUCCAGUUUUUUUUUUUAAAGAUAAAUUUGUAGUAAACAUCCCUGUACAUAUAUUUUUUGCCACUUGUGUGGAUAUUUCUGUAGGAUAAAUAACUAGAAAUGGGUUUAUUGGGUCAAUGAAUGUGUACAUUGAACAUUUUGACAACUACCACUAAAAAGAUUUUACCAAUUUAUAACUUCAUUAAUAGUAUAGGCAAAAUUUGUUUUACCUUUCUUGUCUUUGAUUCUUUAAAUGAGGAAGAACAUCUUUGCAUAUGCUCAUUGGCCAUUUGCAUUUCCUUUUCUGUGAAUUGCUUUUGCCCACUUUUUAAAUUUUGGAAAUACAAAUAACUACCUUCUUGUACCUUCUUGUACAAAACUUAAAUGAUAACACUAAGAGCAAAGAAAGAUCCUCUUCUCUAGCACUUCCAGUCAUUUAUUUCACUUCCCACAGUGUAGUAUCUAUCCUUCUAGUCCCUUUCCCAUACAUUUCAAUGUGACUAGACAUGCAAAACUAUUUUUACAUAAAUAGGAUCAUACUAUAUAUAUAUUGUUCUGCAGAUUAUUUUCACAAAAACAUCCUGAGGUCUUUGAAUUUCUUUAAUUCACUUGAAUGAAAAUGCCAUUAUCCCUUUUUUUUCUUUUGCAGUUACAAUGCCGAAGUAAGCAUAUUAUUCAGGUGUGUGUGUGUGUGUGUGUGUGUGUGUGUGUGUGUGUGAGACUGUUUCUUUAGGAAUGAGUUCUGUUAAGGAGGAUUGUUGGGUCAAAGAGGAUGCUCUCUGAUAAAUCCACCUUAGUCUUCCAAAAGGCCUUUAUAACUAUAUUUUCACCAACUGUAUGGAAAGUGCUCAUUUCCUAAUACAGCCAUACCUACAAUUAAUAGCUUUUAUCUGGUGGACAAAAAAAAAGUCACUUGAAUUUGUAUUUCCCUAAUUAGUGGUGAGGUUGGGGUUAUUCUCAUGUUUAUAUUUUUACCUAUGAAUUGUUUGUUCAUAUCCCUUAUCACUCAUCUGUUGGGUUAUGUGUGGACAUGUUUUUGUUUGUUCAGCAUCUCUUCCCCCAUCUUCUGAUAGCAGAACCCUUAUUUAUCGUGGGGAACCCAUUCUCUGUGGCUUAGGUGGUGUCACCCUCCUCCAAACUCCUAGGGUGAGCACCCAACCAGGCCUGGCCAUUCUGAGUCUAUCCCCCUAGCCACAGCAAUUGCAUGUAACUCAGCCAGGCUAACGAGAACCUUCAACAGAACUUCUGCUGGAACUACUGGAAAGAAGACUCUACUUAGAUCCCAGGAACCAAGGACCCUGCAAACCUGAAUUUGUACCAUGUGGAGAGAGUGUGUCUGAGAAGAAACUCGGAGGCUAGCAGAUGUGAAAAGAGAACUAAAUCCUGAUGUCAGUUUUCUUGAGGCCCCAGAUCCAGCUGUGCCUAAAGCCUGCCCUACCUCCGGACUUUAAAGUUUUGUGAGCCAAUAAAGUCCCGUACUUGUUUAUGGUUAUUUGAAUUUGGUUUUUGUCCUGAUUUACAUAGGUUAUUUGUAUUUUCUUGAUUUGUAGAAAGCCUUUGUAAUUUUAAUUCUUCUAAUUUGCCUAGUUUAAACUUAUUCCUUAUGCACUAUAUGGGUUAAUAAAAUUAGCAUGGCCUUU